AUGACAUUUGCUGCAGAAGAUAAACACGAAUUCGAAAAGGACUCUGAUCUGGAGUCCGUUGAAUCGUCUUCUACACUUGAAGAUAAACCUGGAUCUAUUGGGACCUUUGAUUUCUAUAUUUGGUCAAUUAUACCUGUCAUUGGAAUUAUAUUUUGUUUUAUACAUACAGAACAAGAGCGUUUUUGGACUUGGACAGGGGAUACAGCAAACGAGGCCCAGUCUUUUGAAUCAAAGGUCGUUGUCUCUGUUAUAUCUACGGUUAUUAGUGGGUGUGUAUUGGCAACACUUAUGAAGACCGUUUCCAGCAUCUCAUAUACCGUUAUCAGACAUCAAGGAGCCCAUUUUUCGCAUCUUGUUACCGUGAUCGGUGGUCACUCGCCUGGGCAUCUUCCUAUGCUUAUUACUGGAAAGAGAUGGAUAAGUAUCAUUCUGAUCAUCUUGAUCCUGAUUAUUGGUGCAGUUAUUAAGCAGCUUACUUUUAUAUCCAUGGGUGUGAGCUAUGUGUCAUCAGGAAAUGAAACGGCGUCUUUCUCCGUACGAAACUAUUCAACGUGUGAAGCAACAAACAUCACAGAUGCAGUGAAUGGAUUCUUUCCAAUUUUGGCUUUGGAUGCUCUUAAUAGUCUUAGAAAUCCAAACACUUCGUAUACAAAUGAAUACUAUGACCGAAGUAUACCUACAGGCCUGAUUGGAGAAUCUAAAUUCCAGCGCGAAUUACCUUAUUCCAAUGUAUCCUGUAAAAUUGUCAAGACCCAACCCAAUUUUGAACACUCAAAGCCUAUGAUUUCAAUGGUCCCAUCGUCAGAAAAUUCAUUACUUGCGUUGUCUUGGGCUGGACACAUAAGCAUACCGUAUCAAGAUAACUACACUUAUAUAAUGCCAGAAAACUAUAUAAACUGUACAAUUGAUUUGGGGCAUGCGACGGCGGUUACAUCAUGUAAUCGUACACUUUGCCAUACGAAACGUACAUCUAAAAUUACUCCGUAUGAUAAAGAACAGGUUAAUGGUGGAUUUGUUGAUCUACUCUACAAAAUGUUUAAUAUCACACAACCCUAUGGAACUGCUGUCCGAAAUUCAUUAGUGGUUUGGGUAGCGGGAGGUGACUGGACUAAAAUAUACGGAACGGAUGAAUAUAUUCCUGGAGAAAAUAAACAAGUGAUUACGAGUAGACUUGAAAUUUUAGGAACAGUUGCUGCUCGAAUUCUAUGCGAUUAUAAUAACAAAGAUAGAUCAAAAGAGAAACUAGUUCUUCUAACAUCAUUUCAAACUUAUUUUCAACCUUUUCAAUAUUACACUUAUCAUAUACUAUGGAAAUGGCCAUUCUGGAUGCUCGCUGGUUUUAUCUUGGUUUUAUGGUUAGCAAGUAUGGUCUCUUUGAGGAUUACGCCUGAGAGUAGGGUUAUAUCUGUGGAAUGGUUACUUAGCCAAUAUAUUAUGAAGGAGCGACUAGGCUACGUAUCUGGUAGUCAGCUGGUAAAAGCACACAAGGGAUCUAUAUUCCAAGUCGUUGAUUCAAAGGAAGAUGCUGAAGUAGGAAGUAUUGUUAUUUCAAAGAUAGAUCCCUAUGGUUCCAAAUCACAUGUCAGAAUUCUUCAUAAGAAGAGAUAUCAAUAG